CCCACAACCCCCCUCUGAUUUUCACAUUGACCGUAGAGUGCUUUGCGAUUCUGCUCUCCCCAAAUCAAACGCGGAAAAAAACACGGGGGUGGUUUCAAAUUCAGGCUGUAUUUUAUUCUGGGGGGGGGUCCGGACGGGUUCUGUGAACAUGAGCAGCAUCAGAUGGAUCACGUAUUCGGGGAUUUUGUCCGGGGCGAUCGGAGUGGUGUGCGGAUUUUGGAUGAUUACGUCACCGGGCGAGGAACGAAAAAAGAACAUUAUCAAGAGCCUCCCAGAAGCGAACCCGCUGCGGAUGCAAGAGACGCGGCGCUUGACCGCUUUGCAGCUGCGAGUCCUCAAAGAAGCGGCGGAGACGGACGAGAACAUCACCCGGAGAUACAGCAAAUAAAACACAACUUCAUCCGUC